AUGCAACGGCGACCUUUAAAGGAGAUACCUCUGCGGAAGAUAGUCAGGAGCUCACCACUUGCACGUAGCAGGCCAAUAGAGGGGAUAUUUCAGCGCACACCAAACAGUUUCUCAGAAGGAGCGCUGCCGUCCCCACGCAGUCCGAAUCCCGGGGCUGUCAGUGGUAGCUGGACUAUCUUUGAAGAGGCAGAGGAGGAUGUGGGUGAUAAUAGUGUUUUUAAUACUCCAGGAACACUCAGCCCACAGCAACAUGCCAGCUUUGAUCACCCGCAGAUCGAUAACGAGGCUGAUAGCGUGGCUGAUAGUGAGACUGACGAUGACUCUAUCGCUGUAGUUGACGAGAAUGAAAAUCCUCCAUCAAUAGGGACUUUCAAAAGCCCAAUGCGAAGACCACCAAUGAUUUCAAAUCAGCGCAUUUCAGAGGAUGUUGACAGUAUUAAUGGCCUCAAGAACGAUGAGACACCGACAUACAAAUACACAGCAGCCCCGCAACUCACACCACAAUCAGCAUCUAAAGCGCAUGGGAAGCGUAUGCUCGAAUGCGAGGAUGAGUGGGAUAGUCCUGUCGCAAGUCUACACAACAGCGCAGCCAAGCGGAGGAGGUUGCUUGAUUGA